AUGAAGGAUGUUGGUGUGAUUCCGAUUCAUCUUUAUUGGGAUAUUUCAGACUCUACUUCAGUUGCAGUUGGGUCAAGAGGUAAAUCUGGGGGUCUCUUAUCUAUUUGGAAUUCCUCAUUAUUUUAUAAUGUUGAGGUGAUUAAAUGCCAUUCAUUCAUUCUGGUUUCUGGUAAUUGGUGUGGUAUUAGUGUAAAGAUGAACUUCAUAAAUGUUUAUGCGUCGAAUGACAAUGAUGAAAGGUCUCAACUUUGGUCUGACUUGUUAAGAAUGAAGAGAUCAGGGCAUGGCAUUUGGCUAGUUAUGGGAGAUUAUAACGAGGUACGGGAAAAAGGUGACAUAUUUUCUGAGAUUGUUUGUGUUUCGAGCAUGAAUGCUUUCAACGAUUUUAUUAUGGAAGCCGAACUGUCUAAUUUUUUCAUGGGAGGUAGGAGAUUUACUUGGAUGAGUCCAGAUGGCAAGAGUCUCAGUAAGAUUGACAGAUUUUUGGCAUGCAAUGGUUUUUUAGCUCGGUGGUCUAUGGCUUCUGUCAUGGCUUUACCUAGGCUGCAUUCAGACCAUAGUCUAGUGAUACUGGUUAGUGAGUUUCUUGACUAUGGACCAAUUCCGUUUAGAUUCUUCAAUUCAUGGUUGCUGCUAGAAGAUCUAGGUGAUAUUGUGCGGAUGUCUUGGAAUGUUUCAAUUGAGGAAAGUAGGGCUGAUAAGUUAGUUUUGUUAAAACUCAAAAGGCUAAAGGAUGACAUUAAAUGUUGGAGGUUUAGUCUGAGAAUAAAAAAGAACAAACAAUAUUGGAAUCUGUUAAAGUGCAUUGAAUAUAUAGAAAUACAAGCCGAGAAGAGAUGUCAUUCUUCUCCGGAAAGAAUGGAUAGAAAAAAUUGGAAGAACAAGAAAAAAAACAGAAUAAAUGGGCUUAUAAUUGAUGGUGAAUGGUGCACUGAACCUCAGAAAAUUAAAGAUGAGGUGUUUAAGUUCUUCUCACUGAAAUUUGAUGAGAGCGUUCCGGUUAGGCCGAAGCUCUUAAACUCGAGAUUUAAGAAACUUUCAAUAGAUGAACGUGAGAUGCUUGAUAGUCCCUUUUCGCUUUCGGAGAUAAAGGAGGCAGUUUGGUGUUGUGGGAACGACAAAGCACCGGGGCCCGAUGGUUUUAAUUUCAAAGCUAUAAAGGAGUUUUGGGACACGUUGAAAGAUGAUAUUUUUAAUUAUAUCAAGAAUUUUGAAUUGACGGGAGAUAUUAGUAGAGGUUGCAAUGCGUCUUUUAUAUCACUUAUUCCUAAAGUUAGAGAUCCUCUCUCUUUAAAAGACUAUAGGCCGGUGAACUUAAUUGGAUGCAUGUCUAAAAUUCUUGCAUUGCGUCUAAAGAAAGUAAUUGGUAAAAUAGUUGGAUCGGAGCAAUCGGCAUAUAUCGAAGGGAGGAGCAUUCUUGAUGGACCGUUGGUGAUUAAUGAAAUAUAUACUUGGGCAAAAAAAGGUGAAAAACAAAACGUUGAUAUUGAAAGUGGAUUUUGA